AGGAAGAAGAGCAGAAGAAGAAGACGAGCAGCAGAAGAAGAAGAACGUCCUGUUGGGUGGUUAGCCUCCGCUGGUGCUGCUGCUCUCAGUUCAGCUGAGUUUCUCUUCACGGCUAUGAUUGACAGAGUCAGCAGAGGUUUACACGGACAUGUCCGCACACUCGCUUGGUUGUUAUCGUAACAGAAAGAUCUGCAGCAUGGCGAGUCCAGAGAGAGCCCAUUCCCGCACCAGAACCAGAACACCGUGUGUCGGAUUAUUGAGGAUGUUAUUUAUUGCUUUUAUCCACGCGGCACGGGCGAAUAAACAAGCAUUCAUUCAGUCAGACACAAUUCUAGAGGUUCUACAUUUUGGUGAGGGAGGCCUUUUACAGGCAGAGUCUGACAUCGAUUUUAGUUUAUAUCAUCAACAAAGCACGUCCCCGCAUCGUGGGAACUGCCGACCUAUACGAUUUGAACCUCCAAUGUUGGACUUUCAUGAGCAGCCCGUUGGAAUGCCAAAAAUGGAGAAAGUUUAUUUACAUAAUCCUAGUGCAGAAGAAAUUAGUUUGAUAUCAAUAUCAGCAACAACAGCACAUUUUCACGCGUCCUUUUUCCAGAAUAGGAUAAUUCCACCAGGAGGGAACACAUCGUUUGAUGUGGUGUUUCUGGCUCGAGUAGUUGGGAAUGUAGAAAACACUUUAUUUAUUAAUACGUCACAUCAUGGAGUGUUUACAUACCAGGUUUUCGGGGUCGGCAUCCCAAACCCCUACAGACUGCGGCCCUUUAUCGGGGCUCGAGUUCCAGUAAACAGCAGCUUCUCACCUCUAAUACACAUCCACAACCCCUACAGUGAACCGCUGCAGGUUGUAGAGAUGUACUCCAGUGGUGGAGAUCUACAUCUAGAGCUUCCCACAGGCCAACAAGGAGGCACUGGAAAAUUAUGGGAGAUUCCUCCGUUCGAGACAAAGGGGGUGAUGAGAGCCAGCUUCUCGUCCAGAGAUGUCGACAACCACACGGCUUUCAUCAGAAUCAAAACCAACGCUCCCAAUGAAGACCAGUUCAUCAUCCUCCCUGUAGAGGUGGAGGUCACAUCAGCCCCUGGUAUAUACUCCUCCACAGAGAUGCUAGACUUUGGUACGCUUCGAUCACAAGAUCGGCCAAAACUGCUGAAUCUACACCUUUUAAAUUCAGGAGCAAAAGAUGUUCCGAUUACAAGUGUACGUACAACACCAUCAAACGAAGCAGUCACAGUAGACUUCAAAGCGGUCACACUGAAAGCAGGAGAGAGCAGAUAUACCAAAGUUGCAAGUAUUAGUUUUGAUGCCUCAAAAGCAAGAAGACCAUAUCAGUUUUCUGGUAAAAUAACUGUUAAAGCAAAAGAGAAGAGUUAUUCCAAGCUUGAAAUCCCGUACCAGGCGGAGGUUUUAGAAGGCUACCUGGGCUUUGACCACACAGCUACGUUGUUCCACAUCAGGGACAGCCCUGUGGACCCAGUGGACAGACCCAUCUUCCUCACAAAUGCCUUCAGCUUCGCAGUCCAGAUACACAACGUGUCGCUUCCUGAAGAGGCCAAAACUAUGUUUAAUGUGCAGAACUUCAGCACGCCCAUCAUCAUCCCUCCACAUGAGUCACGCUACAUGUUCUCCCUCCUCUUCCGGCCAGUUCGACCAUCCAUUCACAUAGACAGCAACAUCCUGCUCAUCACAAAUGCGUCAAAGUUUCACCUGCCUGUCCGGGCAUACACAGGCUUCUUGGAGCCUCUGGUCCUGCCUCCCAGUCUGAAGGAAAACCUCCUGGACUUUGGUGUCCGCAGUGCAACAGACACCAGCAGCAUCAUAUUUGUGGUGGUCAACAGUAACCCUAUAGAGCUGGAGAUUAAGUCCUGGCUGGUCACUGGGGACAGUCUGUCCAUGGAGCUGCUGAAGACAGAGAAAGGAAACACAACAGUGGCCCUGAGUCGCCUCCGAGACCUGCAGAACACUUCAGCCUCCCAUCACAAAACGGUGAUAUUAGCAUCUGGCUAUUAUGCAGCAUUCAGAGUGACACUAGUGGCCAAAGCACUGGAGGGCACAUAUGAUGGAGCCAUACACAUUACCACAGAUUAUGAGAUAUUAACCAUCCCAGUGAAAGCUCUCAUCGCUGUGGGCACAUUAAACAGCUCUCCCAAACACAUCGUUUUGCCAUCUUCAUUUCCAGGGAAGGUUGUUCACCAAAGCUUCAGCAUACAGAGCUCGUUUACACAGAAAGUGAGACUACAGCAGAUCCGCUCCCUGACAGAAGAUAUACGAUUUUAUUACAAACGGCUCCGCAACAACAAAGAUGAGCUGGAGCCCAGACGUAAAUCAAAGGUGGCAAAUAUUUAUUUUGACGCUGGCUUGCAGUGUGGUGAUCACUGUUAUGUGGGCCUCCCAUUUGUGCUUAAAUCUGAGUCCAAACCUCAUGGGCUGGCAUUGCAGGAGGAUAUCUGGGACGCUGAUGUAGAUCUUCACCAGAAACUCCUCAGACGAUGGCAAGAACUCAAAGAGCGUGCAGGACACAAGAUUGAAACUGUCUUUGAAGUCAACACAGACCUUCAGAAAAAUGUUCAAGCUAAAAUAACAGCACAUUUGACCUGGCCUUCACUGGUCAACUCUUCACAACGAAUCAUGUUCCCGCUAACCAACACAAACAGCUCCUCUGAUGAGGAGGUGAUUCUGCAGAACCCUGCCGAUGUUCCGGUCUACGUCCAAGUUCUCCCCUUGGCGCUGUUACCCAACCCCUCCGUGUUUUCUGGAAAACUGGCUGACAGAUUGCCUUUGGGAAAUUUGUCCAACAUCAACAUUGACACAAACACCUUUGAGUUCCAGGUUCACAGAAAUCAAACAUCCCUAGUAAAGAGUGGUACAGGGUUUGUAGAGGGUUCAACCAGACCGUUUGUGUACAACCUCCUCCUGCUGCCCGGAGAAGUCAAGUCCUUCAGUGUGAGGUUCACUCCCAUCAGCAACCACAGCGUCUCCUCCCUCCUCAUUGUCAGGAAUAACCUUACUGUGAUCGACACAAUCGUGCUUCACGGACGAGGUACGACGGAGAGCCUGAAGGUUGCGGGGAAGCCUCCAGGACAAGGCAGCUCACUGAGGUUUAAGAUGACUGAGGCCCUGCUGAAAGACUGCACAGAGAAAACAAGAGUCAAAGAGCCAAACUUCACUCUCAAAAGAACCUUCAGAGUGGAGAACACAGGUUUGCUCCCGAUCACCAUCAGAUCAGCAGAAAUCAACGGACAAGCCUGUGAAGGAUACGGAUUCAAAGUUCUCAACUGUCAAGAAUUUGCACUCAAGCCAAAUGCUUCUAAAGACCUCAUCAUACUGUUUACGCCCGACUUCACCUCGUCUCGAGUGAUCCGGGAGCUGAAACUGGUGACAUGCGGGGGCUCCGAGUUCGUGUUUGUCCUGAACGCCUCUUUGCCGUACCACAUGUUAGCUGCAUGUGCAGAGACUCUGCCCAGACCAGGCUGGGAGCUGGAGUUCUACAUCAUAGUGUCUGUGGUCAUGAGUGGCAUGUUUCUGGUGGUGAUCGUCAUAGCUUAUCUGGAGGCUCAGAGCAUAUGGGAGCCUUUCAAGAGACGAAUGUCUGUGGAAUCCAACUCCACCUUGGAGACUGGGAGACCCUUUAAUCUCAGGGACAUCGUGCAGAUUCACAGUGAUUCAAAGCUCAAUGACUACAGCGACUCGGCCCAGAGCUCCAGAGGAUUUUACACAUCCAGCAACGGAACAGCGCGAGUCGGAGGCAGACAGAGCAACAGCCGAACCUUAUCAGACUCAGACAGCCAAGAUAAGAGAUCCAGGCUCGGCUUCAGCCGCCCAUCUAUGCAAGCUACUUCCUCCCAGCUGACCAAAGGAAGUUCAACCUCAGGCCAGGAAGGCCCUCCAGCUGUCAGUCAGCUAACCCACCGGAAAGCUCGGAGCACCAAACAGCUUGACCUCCAGAGUCAAAGUUUAACCGGUCCGUCGCUGCCUUCCAGAGCCCUCUGCCCUGAGGAGGCGGCAGAAUAUGCCGACCUGAUAGGAGCCAUGGACAAUGACCUCGACCGUCCAGAAUCACUUGGUGCUGAAACGCUGCAGGAGCAGAGCUCUCAGUCCAUACAAAACAAAGUGUUGGAAUCCAAAGGGAAGCUGAGGGGUAAAACAAAAGCUCAGAGGAAGAAGGAAGAAAAAGAGAAAAAAUCAACAGUAAAGACUCAGGGAGAUGAGCUCAAGGAUAACCUGGCCGACAACGAUGACAGCUCCUCCACCACCACAGAGACCUCCAACCCAGAUGUGGAGACAAACAUCAAAGAGGAGCCAGUGAAAAAGAAAGGAAGGACAGUAGUUCCUGGAAAAGUUAAAGAAGAAUCUUCAAAUUCGCUUCUCAAACCCAAAACCAAGAAACAAGCAACAAUAAAGAAAGAGAACCCAACAGAAAAGUCCAGUUCUCUGGAGCUGCCAUAUGUAACACCACUGGAGAACAAACAGCGCAAGACGUUCACACCAAAAGCUCUGCUCCCUCUCACCAACAUCCCAAAGAACAGACCCCUCCAGAAACAGAGAUUUGACACGAAGCUGGAGGACGGUCGACCCGCUCUUUUAGCCAAACUGCUGUCUAGCGGUUCGGUGCCAGAACUGGGUCACAGCAGCAGCUCUGAAGGCGAGAAGGAGUUUGCUUCUCCAGAGUGGGACGUCCCCCUUUCCAAAAACAGCAUCCAAGCAGAUAGUCUUCAGCAGAUUUCCCUCCAGACAAUAAACGCAGAUCCCUUCCUGAAGAGAUCUGUCACAGCCGGGACCUGCUCCCCUCCACCCACCUCCCCCAGUUUACUGUCCAGAGGCUCCUACAGCAGUGUGCUCAACAGUAAUAGUGAGGGAAACCAGAAGAAGGCCCCUGGUAAUAAACUGUCAACAUCCACUCCACUCCCGGGCAAAAAUGGGAACCCCACCUUCGCCGCUGUAGCUGCUGGUUACGACAAAAGUCCAGGCGGCUCCGGUCCAGGUAAAACCGACAGCCAAGGCAAGAGUCUGGCACACAUGCCAUCAGUGGAAAGUGACAGCUCUGACAGCUCUGGUUUAUGGAGUCCGAUUGACACAGCCAGCAGUCCAAACUACCCUUCUGCCAACUCAUUCUCCGCUUUUGGGCCCAACAAUUCCUUUAACCUGACUGGAGUUUUCAGCGGAAUGAACCUCCCAAAGUCUGAGCCACAGCAGAGCUGGCCGGAGUUCACCCCCGUUCCCUCGUCCAUCUGGGACAUCCCGAGCAGUGACUCCCUGCACUCCUGGCCCAGCAGCUCCAGCUCUCCGACCGCCCCGACUGCAUCACUCCUGGGAAACACCCGCAAUCCAUGGUCUACCACCACACCCUUCGGCAGCUCCAUUUGGUCAACAGACACGGCUUUACCUUUUGCUCCAACAACCAAUUCGACAACUCUGACGGAUCUGGUCAGCAGUCCCGCCCCGUCUCCGCCGGCAACCACCGAGAUGAGUCGGACCUACAACCACUGGAGCAUGUGGCGCCCCACCCUGAGCCGGCGCAGCUCCGAGCCGUGGCCCAGCUCCUCUGACAACGCAAAUUAAAAAGCACCCAACAGAAGUGCUCUGUUCGCUAAAUUCAAAGUCUUUUACAAUCAGAGAAUCCCGACAGAACGCAUCGGAACCCUGCAUUUAGUUCUCUGCAGCUUUUUAUCCACGGGGGCAGAAAUGCUAACUUUUAUUUGGAUUUGUUUUAACAGGUGCCCCUGAAUUACAAACGUUGACAGCAUGUUGUAUGCUAAUGCCAGUGCAGACAGUUUGCUGCUGUAGAAAGGCUGGUAAUGCUGCAUUCCUUCUCCAAGUUUGGCGCAGAACCUCUAAAGUUCAGUAUUAUUGUUGGAACAGAUGUCUCAUUUUAAGCCACGUGUCUCAUUUUCACAAUCAUUUUGGUUCCCAUUGGUUUUAUUAAAAGUCAAAUUUGCAUCUGUUCACGUUGGAGUCAAUGCACUCGACUUUUAUUUGGCAGCAGGGAAAUUUCGCAAUCUGAUGGGAGAAUUGUUUUCUUUUUUUACAACACAAACGGCCCUAAAAGCUUCAAGAACGAUAACGUUCCCCAUUUUUACAGAGGGCUCCGCCUCCAGAUAUCAAAGCCUUCUGUGAGAGUAAAUUGGUUAUGUGAUCAAAGAUUAUUUAAGUUUGAGGUUUGUAUUGUACAUCGCCUCUAUUUGUCAGCAAAUUUAAAUAAAGGAUUUCAGCAGAA